GUUCGCCAUGAAGCGGCAGAACCUGCGCACGGCCGCGCUCAUCCUCUGCAUCUUCUCCUACCUGCUGGUGGGCGCCGCGGUCUUCGAUGCGCUGGAGUCGGAGGCAGAGAGCGGCCGCAAGCGGCUGCUGGAGCAGAAGCGCGGGGAGCUGCGGAGGAAGUACCGCUUCUCCGCCGACGAUUACCGGGAGCUGGAGCGGCUGGGGGUGCAGGCCGAGCCGCACCGCGCCGGCCGCCAGUGGAAGUUCGCCGGCUCCUUCUACUUCGCCAUCACGGUCAUCACCACCAUCGGUUAUGGGCAUGCUGCUCCCGGCACAGACGCUGGCAAAGUCUUCUGCAUGUUCUAUGCCAUCCUGGGCAUCCCCCUGACACUGGUCAUGUUCCAGAGCCUGGGGGAGCGCAUGAACACCGUCGUGAGGCUACUGCUCAAGAAGAUCAAGAAGUGUCUGGGCAUGAGGACAACCCACGUCUCCAUGGAGAACAUGGUCCUGGUGGGCUUUCUGUCCUGCAUGAGCACCCUGUGCAUCGGCGCCGCAGCCUUCUCUUAUUUCGAGGGCUGGACUUUCUUCCAUGCCUAUUACUACUGCUUCAUAACCUUGACCACUAUUGGCUUUGGAGACUUUGUGGCUCUGCAGAAAAACGAGGCUUUGCAGAAGAAGCCCCCGUACGUGGCUUUCAGCUUCAUGUACAUCCUGGUGGGCCUGACGGUGAUUGGCGCCUUCCUAAACCUGGUGGUGCUGCGCUUCCUGACCAUGAACUCGGAGGACGAGCGGCGGGACGCCGAGGAGCGAGCCUCGCUGAGGAGAGCCCGCAACAACAUCCUCCUUAAGCCAAAGGAGGAGAGCCGCAGCAGCAAUGCCAUUUUUCUCCCUGCGGAGGACAGGACGAGCCAGAUGAACCUGAUCCCGCUGGUGCAGGAGGACGCGGAGAGGCAGCGGCGCCAGUCGGCCGCGUCGGCGGCGGCGGUGCCGUCCUUCUGCACCUGCCUGUGCUACAGACCCCAGGUGUGCGGCAGCCCCGCGCCCUCCCACCCCGAGACCCUCAGCUGCCACACCAACCCUGUGUACUACAACUCCAUCUCCUACAAAAUCGACGAGGUGUCCCUGAGCACGCGGGGGCAGACCGGCUCCUCCCCGGGGAGCACUUUGUCUUCCAGCAGCCCUCGCUGCCGGCAGCACCCCCAGCGACGGAGGAAAUCCAUCUAGGAGCGCUCCAGUCUUACUACGCUGAAAAAUUAAGAACAGAGAUGGCAGGUUCUCCUUACUCAUUUCUUCUGUUCCUCUCCCUCCCCCCAGCAGGAGCCUCUAAAUACUGUUGGGAGAUAAUGAUUCCUUUUUUGCAGGCACUGAAUGACACUGUUAGUUUUUCUUUGCCUUUUUCUUCCCAAGUUCAAGCAUUUAGGGCUGGCAAGAGCCCCCCUUGCCCCGAUGUGAAGCCCAGUGAGCUGUAGGUUUGCUCUCCCACCUCCCUGCUCCCCAGAGGGUGCAUUGCUGCCCUCCCACCCUGUUGAGCCUUGGCUGUGGCUACUGCCAGCACAUGUCUCUUGCUCUGUGAGCUGGGCUGCAUUUGCUGAGAGUGUGUGAGCAAGCCUUGCAGGGCUGGGGACCUUUAAGUUGUCCCCUGCCAGCAGGUGCAGGUAAGUCAGUGCCACACAGAGGGUUUGCAGCUGGUGGGUGGGCAGGGAGAGGUGGGCAGGAGGGAAUGGGCUGCAGUCCUGAA